GUGUGUUACUUGUCAUUCAGACAUCCCAGGAAUUCAACACGACUAGCAACUAGCAACCUGCUCGCCACAACCAGGACAUUGUGAGACUAAUUCGCGUGUUCUCGUCGCCGAUUAGACGUCGAGUAAAGGUUUGUGUCGUCGAAGCGGGACGAGCGUCGAGGGAAGCGGUCGUCUACAGACACGGGAGGAUGCCAGUGUGAAAUCCAACCGUGGACAGACUGAGUGACAGCCUCUUCAUCCGCUUCGUUGUCGUCAUACAUGCUUUUACAUGAAGAGAGGGGAGAAACCCGAAGGAUACAGACAGAUGAGGCCCAAAACGUUCCCCGCGAGCAACUACAGUGGCAACAGCCAGCAAAUGCUGCAGGAAAUAAGGAAUAGCCUGCGCAACUUGCCCAAACCUUCAGACCCACCUAAAAUGGACACAAGUGGAGCUGGGAAAGGGCUUUCAGAGGAUCCAAGGCAACAAUGGCGCUGCAGCAACCCUAAAAACCCACACCAUAAGGCCCUGCAGGAGAUCCGGAAAUCCCUCAUGCCUUUUGCAAAUGAGCCCAACACUUCAGGGCCUGAGCUGAACAAACACAUGUCGCUGGAAGGCCCGUGUGCUGGGUUUGAGGAGCCCAACUGCCGCAGUCUGGGGGUGCCUUUAGACUACAUGGGUAAGGUGACGUACCAGGACUCGAUGAGGGAACAGAUGGCUGUCAACAACCCCAACACGACAGGCCUGAAAGCCCCAGGUGCUUCCCAUAUGCAACAGUCUGUGCUGAGGAGGCCGAGCUGGAAAGGCUCUAAGGAGUCGUUGGCCCCUCGACAUGGUCCUAUGAUGGUAGAUGGUAUGAUGUACCGCUCUGACAGCCCCGGACCUCCUGCUGCCUUCCCGCAGGGUCACCCUGCUAACAACCAGAGAGGCAACCCUCCACCAAAUCGCGGGGCCAUGCCUGGGACAACGUCCUGGGACAGCAACCCAUCAACCAAGCGAUACUCUGGGAACAUGGAUUACCUGGUGCCUCGGAUCUCUCCAGUGCCUCAGGGGGCCUGGCCUGAUGGAUAUCCAGCUGCAGCAUCUCAGAACCAGCGUGGGAUGAGUCCAGUGUCUGUGGGCCACCAGCCCAUCAUAAUGCAAAGUUCUGGAGGUAGUAAGUUCAACUUUCCCUCCAGCUGGUCUCAGAAUGGCUCCCCACAGCCAGACUACAUGGCUGGCAGCAGCCGACAGCCGCCUCCACCAUAUCCGGUCAACCAGAGCAGCCGGCACAGUCCUACAGACCAGCAGUUACAGACAGGCGGACCUUCAUCUUCUCCCUCUUAUGUCAAUGGUGGAAACAUCCCUCAGUCCAUGUUGGUACCCAACCGCAACAGUCACAACCUUGACUUGUGCAACUUAGGCCCUCCUCAGUCCUGGUCCCAACCGCCUCUGGUCUCUAACCAACCACAGUCGUCGUCCGGCAACAGCAGCAACCAGGAUCUGUCCCCGUCAUGGCAGCACAACAAGCCGGUCCACUCCAACUCCUUCAACAGCCACCAGCUGAACGGCAGAGCGCCUCAUCCGUCCAGCUCCCAACCCUCCGCCACCACGGUCACCGCCAUCACCCAGGCUCCCAUCCUGCAGCCAGUCAAGAGCAUCCGCGUUCACAAACCUGAGCUACACACCGCCGUUGCCCCCACACACCCGCCAUGGCUGCAGCAGGCUCCACCCCCUGCAGCUGCGCCUGCCUAUCCAGAACCUCCAGCUCCUGUCUCUCAGAUCCCUGUAGUAGCAGAAGUACCCAGCUACCAGGGUCCUCCCCCGCCUUACCCCAAACACCUCCUCCAGCAGGCUGCAGCACCCUUCCCUCCUGCGUACGAUCCAGGCGUGAAUAAGCUCAGCUCAGGAAGGGACGACCCCAUGGAGGAGGAGGGCUGCAGCAGCAGCAGCGGAGGUGGUGAUGGUUCCAGAGACAAGGCGGCAGAAAACCCUAAAAGUUCUACACCGACAGAGAAGGAGAAGAAACAGAUCACGACAUCGCCCGUUCCCGUGCGCCGUAACAAGAAAGACGAGGAGAGGAGGGGAGAGUCCGGCAGAGUGGCUCUGUACUCGCCUCAGGCCUUCAAGUUCUUCAUGGAGCAGCACGUGGAGAACAUCCUGAAGAACCAUCAGAUGCGGAUAAGGAGAAGGAAGCAGCUGGAAAGUGAGAUGCAAAGGGUGGGUUUGUCUCCAGAAGCCCAGGAGCAGAUGCGCAUGAUGCUCUGUCAGAAAGAGUCCAAUUACAUCCGGCUAAAGAGGGCAAAGAUGGACAAGUCCAUGUUCAAACGGAUCAAGACCCUGGGCAUUGGCGCUUUCGGCGAGGUGUGUUUGGCCAGAAAAGAGGACACGGGCGCGCUGUACGCCAUGAAAACGCUCCGUAAGAAGGACGUGCUGCUGAGGAACCAGGUGGCCCACGUGAAAGCGGAGAGGGACAUCCUGGCUGAAGCCGACAACGAGUGGGUGGUGCGCCUCUACUACUCCUUCCAAGACAAGGACAACCUGUACUUUGUCAUGGAGUACAUCCCGGGAGGAGACAUGAUGAGCCUCCUCAUCCGGCUCGGCAUCUUCAAAGAGGAGCUGGCUCAGUUUUACAUCGCAGAGCUCACCUGCGCCGUGGAGAGCGUCCACAGGAUGGGCUUCAUCCACCGGGACAUCAAACCUGACAACAUCCUCAUCGACAGAGACGGACACAUAAAGCUGACCGACUUUGGACUUUGUACCGGCUUCCGUUGGACACAUGACUCCAAGUAUUACCAGAGUGGAGACCAUGUGAGGCAGGACAGCAUGGACUUCAGCAAGGAGUGGGAAGACCCGGCUAACUGCCGCUGCACCGACCGCCUCAAGCCACUGGAGAGGAGGAAGGCCCGUCAGCACCAGCGCUGUCUGGCCCACUCACUCGUGGGGACGCCCAACUACAUCGCACCUGAAGUGCUGCUCCGAACAGGUUACACUCAGCUGUGUGACUGGUGGAGCGUCGGCGUCAUCCUGUAUGAAAUGGUCGUCGGGCAGCCUCCUUUCUUGGCGACCACGCCUCUGGAGACGCAGCUGAAGGUCAUAAACUGGAAGAGCUCGCUGCACAUUCCCCCUCCGGCCAAGCUCAGCCCCGAGGCGUCGGAUCUCAUCGUCAAGCUGUGCCGCGGCCCCGAGGACCGGCUCGGCAAGAACGGCACGGACGAGAUCAAGGCCCACCCCUUCUUCAGGGCCAUCGACUUCUCCAGCGACCUGCGGCAGCAAGCGGCGCCGUACGUCCCCACCAUCGCCCACUCCACGGACACGUCCAACUUCGACCCCGUGGACCCGGACAAGCUGUGGAGCAGCGAGAGCGACGGCGAGGACGACCUCAACGACACGCUCAGCUGCUGGUUCCGCAACGGCAAGCACCCGGAGCACGCCUUCUACGAGUUCACCUUCCGCCGCUUCUUCGACGACAACGGCCACCCGUACAGCUGCCCCAAGCCCAUUGAGUACGAGGAGGGCGACGAGGACGAGGCCGAGGCGGAGGGCGCGGCGCCGGAGGCGGCCGGGAGCUCUGCCUCCCAGGGCCGAGACCUGGUUUAUGUGUAGAACCUGAGCUCACGGGGGGCGCGUGUGCGCGCGUGUUUGUGUGUGUGUGUACAUACUGAGUGUGAGAGUGCGUGUGAGUGGAGGGGGUUACAACAGAACAGCAUUUAUAAAAAAACAUAAGUCUGAGUUAGGGCUGAAAACCACGCUUAUUUUUGUCGGAAAAGGUUGAAAAAACUUCAAAAUAAUGAAACUGUUUGAAGGAUUUCCUUGUUUUUUUCCAUGGAAGACACUACAAGUUUUGUGGAAAACGCACACAUUUUCCAUCUCGCUGGGAGUGAAAUGAGAGGAACGCGAGCAUUUAGUUUUUUUUUUUCAGUGUUUGUACGAUAAAUAUGAAGCAGGUUUUUAUCUUCGCUUAAGACGGCAAACAAACGUGACGCUUGUGGAAAAGGUCACAGAAUGUGUCAGUCGUCGCCUAAAGGUUUAAUCUGACUGCAGCUAAGGAUUAUUUACAGUGUACGACGUUUGCUUUGUUUAUGUGAAGGCACACUUUAUUGUUUUUAAAGAUGUUAUAGAAGCUGCGAUGUAUCGUAUGAGCAAUAGUCUAACCCAAACCAGAAGUUCUUAAAAUGUUCUUUCUCCGGUGAGGAAAAAAAAAGUUUUCCUUGGAACAAUUGUUUAAAUAUUCUUAAUUGGGUCUCAUUCACUUAUUUCAGUUAGAAAGAAAUGUAUGAACCAGCUCAGAUUACAAGAUUAAACCUGUAUUUACUAUUCCUCCUAAUCUGAAAGCCUUGGAAAAAAAGUACAAAAACUAAACUUAAAAGCACUGACUUUUCGUGUUUUACAUUAUCUUGAAAGAAAAACUUCAUAUUGUCACGUUGAACAAGGUUUAACCAGCUGUUUUGUGACCUGAAUUAUCAUCAGUGAGUCAUUUUUGUAAUUGAACAGGAUGGAAAAAUUAAAGAAGAGGUGAUUUAUGUUCAGUGUGGAACAGAAAACGUUUGGAUUUCAGGGUAAAAUUGGCGUUUGUGCAGUUGUGAGUCAAAUGUAUGGUACAGUGUUUUUUCUGCAGCGUCAAGAGAGUUGAAAGUUCGCAUUAAGUUGGUUGCGUUCCAUUUUAUUCGUACGUCGGAACUGGGAGUGACGCUCGGCCACGGACAGUGUAGCAACGUAAAUAUUUAACGGUACGACGCGUACGACUGAUUUAACGUAACACAGACGUGACGGAAGUGAAAGUGUUUUUACUCGUGUAGCAGUCGUUUUACAGUCUCUACGCUGUUGGGGGUUUGUGAGAAAGCGGAGCGGGAAAUCCACUUACAGUUGAAACAUUGUUUGACUGGAUCGUACGUCAAACAAUGACAAAACACUAUGUGUCAUUGAAAUGCUUCACUGUAAAUGCUGAUAAAGCAAAGACAUAACACACAAACACAGCUUUUUUUCCCCCUUGCCGAGUGCUUUCAAUCUUCUCUUGAAUGUGUGAAAGGUCCACUGUAAAUAUGCUGAGUUUUAGAUAAUAACAGUAAUAAUGAUAAAUCAGGUGAGCUCUCCUUUAAAAACCCCUUUAAUUUAUUUAAGAAAAGUGUAAGUGGUGAUGUUUUAAGUGUAAAUGCUGUUUGAGUGGGAAUUUCUUUGCUGGAUUUACUUAAAUUUUAUUGGUAAAUGAACAAAAAGUGUCUUAAUUUAUAUUGUAACGUGGGUGGGUUUAUUGUUAGUGUUGUGACAGGGAUAAAAAAUGCUCUAAUGGUUGAUUGCUGUGCCUUUUUUUUCCUUUAACCAAAUAUAAAAAGGGUUAUUAAUAAUAAUAAUAAUAAUAAUAAGAGUGGCAUUUUUAAUGGACAGUAGCACGAUUGAUUGAUUCCCAGUAGGUUUUUGUUUUUAUUUUUCUAAUUUAUACCUGAAUUGUAUUUAUAAAUUAAGUUGUACACAGUCGAUGUAAAUAUUUCCUCUUAUCCCUGUCGAGCUGAUUCUUCCUUUUUUAUUAUGUCGUGUUUCUUAGGGCAGGCCCUCGUCAGUGUCCACUGCUGCUGCCUCCUGUCUUUAUGUUUAUGUCAUGUAGUUUUUUACGUCUCAUAAAUUUAUUAUUUUAUUUUAAAUCACUGCAUCUGCAAAAGACGCUAAAUCGAACAAAAAAACGGCUCCAGUUUGUCAUUGUUCCUUUGUUUUUUAUUCACAUUUUAGUCUCAUUUCUCAACCAAAGCACUACAUCAGUUUUUUGGGGGUUUUAAAAUUCAUCCUUCUUUAGUUUCUGUCGUUUCUGUCUUUGUGUAAACACCACUUUUUUUUUAUCAAAAAGAGGAAAACACUAACUGCUCUCCCUAACAACGUCGUCAUGGUGAUGAUAAUGACAGUUAUUUCUCUUUGUGAAUGUAGUUGCUGUGGACGUUGACGGUGACCACUGGCAGCAUUCUGCACUGGUUUCUUUUGUUUGUGUGUUUUUCAUUGUUCUGUUCAGUUGAGAGAGUUUUUAUUUUUGUGUACAUUGUUGUUGCUCUGGGGGAAAACGGGGACGAGGGUGAUCAAUAAAGAACGUAAAAUACAUCCACACAA